AUGAAAUAUUAUAUCCUAGCAACAAUAUUAAAAAGAAUAAUUUUAAUUAAAAUAAUUUUUUUCGAAACUAGAAAUUUUGCUCUGAGUCAAACAAUAACACCACCAUGUUCGUGUUCAAAUGUUAAACCAAAUUUUGGUACAAAUUCAAAUAUACCACAACAAUUAUGUGUUCCUCCAUUAGCCUAUGAUCAAAAAAGUGUUUGGCUAACUUGGAAUAAACCUGAUAAUUAUGAAAAUAUUGCUGAUUUUAAUGUUUAUAUGGGUGGAAAGAAAAUUGGAAGUGCCAAAGCAAAUUCAGCUGUAAAUACUUUGUCUGGCCCUUAUAUUCAAAAUUUUUAUAAAAAUGAUUUAAACAAUUUCCAUACAAAAAUACUUUUUACAACAUAUUUAGUUACUGGACUUAAUCCAAACACAAUAUACACAUUUACUGUUAGAGCUGUAGAUUCAAAUGGGGCUGAAUCUGGAAAUAGUAAUCAAGUUGUUGUUAAAACUGCUGAAAAUUAUGGAAAGAUUGUCGAUAUAACAACAGUCGGGGCGAAAGGAGAUGGAACCACAUUAAAUACACAAACAAUUCAAAAAGCUAUAGAUUCUUGCUCCACCUCAACUUCAGCUUUUGGAUGUAAAGUUUUAAUUCCAAAAGGAAUUUUUCUAAGCGGGCCUUUAUUUUUACGUUCACAAAUGACUUUUGAAUUGGCUAAUGGGGCUAUUUUACGUGCAACUUCUGAUCCUUCUAAAUUUCCAAAUCAAUAUGGAAAUACUCCUAUUGCUUUUUUGAAUGCUCUUAACGGAUCAUUAACAAAUAUUCGAGUGAUUGGCCUGGGAUCAGUUGAUGGUAAUGGAUGGAAAUUAGCUUCUAAUGCUAUAGAUGAACUUGGCAAACAAAUUCCUGUAUAUGUAAAGGGUUCGCCUAGCACAGUUAAUAACCUAGGCAUUUUGGCCGCGAAUCAAGUACAAUCACAUGGAAAUAACUAUAAUUCUCGAUCAAGACUUGCAAAUUUUAAUUUUGUUACAAAUUUACAUAUUGGAGGAGGAAUUACAUUUAUAAACCCUUCAAUGACUACAGUAGGGCUUGCAGAUAGCAAAAAUGUUUCAAUAAUCAGUGUUAGAUUCCAAACAUAUAAUAUAAAUAACGGUGAUGGUAUAGAUAUUGGUAGAAGUUCAAAUAUCCAAAUAAUUGGAAGUUUCUUCGAUACAGGCGAUGAUUGUAUUGCAAUGGGUACUGGUUGUGGAAGUAAUGCUGGACAAGGGGCUCCCGUCCAAUGUGUACUAAUUAAAAACAACUAUUUCCGACAUGGACAUGGAGCACCUGCUUUUGGAGGCAGCGCCGGGGAUGGAAUUAUAAAUGUACUUGUUGAGGUAAGAUAUUCAUUUACAGUAGGAACUAGCGUGUUGGAACCUCAAUUUUGCUCCUACUCGUAUUUUACACCUAGGUAUGUAACUACGAGUACCAAAGGGAAAAAUGUUACAGUUUGA